AUGACCGAAGUCCUCGGAUACAGCGCUUCCAGCCUACACUCCGAACCUGUCUUUGCGCAGGAGAAGGUUGUCGUGCGGCAGGAGGAGAAGUUGACCUUGCACGGAAAUGGCGGGGUACUAGACGACGUCAGGCAGCUCACCCCUGUCUAUCCCGAUACUCCCAUCGAGGAGAUUCGGAGGAGAUACUGGCAAGACGGUGUUGUUUGGGUCAAAGGUCUUCUCGACCCCACAAUGGUCAAGAAGAUGCGUUCGGACUACCUGAGCUUCGUCGACCAGGGCACGGGGAUGCUCAAGCCCGGCACCGAUCCUGUAGACGGCAUCUUCUCCGGCGGCGACUGGCGCGAGUUCCUCCUGCCCGGUGCUGUUCGCGUCGCCUGUGGUCUCAAGGACGAAGGCCCCUUCGUCGACAACGCGAUCAAGAGCCACAGCGCCGACUUUUACCAGGAGUUCAAAGACAAGGUCGGCGAAGAGCUUGAGCCGUUUGUUGGUCGACUUGCCGAGUUUGAGGAUUCGUGGUGUCUCCCGCGGUCGCUACUUCGCUGUUCCGUGCCGGGUGGCGAGACGACGCCGGUGCACUACGACCAGAUCUUCCUUCGUGCGGGGCCGCCUACGAGCGUGACGGCUUGGGUACCCAUCGGUGAUGUAGAGUUGGAAGGUGGCGGUCUUAUCUAUCUGGACCACUCUCAUGACAUCGGCAAGAGGUAUGAGGAGGACUUUUCCAGGGUGAAUGCCGAGCUUCCAGACUCAGAGAGGCUUUCGGCGUUCAACAGGAACAUGGAAAAGGGUGGGUGGCUUGAUAGGAACGCAAAGAGAUUCGGGGAACACUGGUCUCGUGGCUGGCUCGUGGGCGCCUAUGAGGCUGGUGAUGUCGUCUUUCAUACUCCGUAUGCGGUUCACGCCGGGGCUAUGAACCAGUCGCCGCAGGGGCGUAUCAGAGUCUCGACGGAUUUACGCUUCGUUGACAAGACAAAGCCGUACGACGAGCGCUGGACCUACAUCGCCUAUUCUGAGAAUGAUCCCAAUGUGGCGAGUAGACAGCCAACGAAGAAGGAUGGGUAA